AUGUUCCAAGAGUACACGAGUCCGGAUAAGCUACGUUUCCAGGAAAUGCCGGGGGACAUGACGACAGCAGAAUUGCGGUUUUAUGUCAAACAAAGCCGUGAACGCGCAAAAGGCUUUGGCGUACUAACGGGCGAGGGAGUGUACCAUGGAGAUUUCGUGUUCGGGCUGUCGAGCACGAUGGAAAACGUGACGACAGGCACAGGAUUGCUAGCGUACCCUAGUAAACCGGAGAAGUCUUCGGACGGUCGUGGAUCAUGGACACCGCCGAUUUCGAUGGCAGUGACCCAGUACCACGUGGUUCUGCUGUUCGCACGCCAUAUUCAAGUCGUGUCGAAGCUGAGUGGCGUGGUUGUGAUGGAAGAAUCGUUCGACGCGCGAGUAGGCAAUGUGCACGGCAUUGUUGUGGAUGACACGUUCAACACAGUGUGGAUCCACUCAAGCCGUCGUAUCUUGGAGGUAGUUAUUGCUGACGAGGACCGCGAUGUAUGGAAGCUAUUCUUGAGCAAGGCUGUGAUGGGUAACGGUGACGAUCGCGAUUUUGAGCAGGCCUUGGCUGUCUGCCGCAAUGGAUGGGAACGUCAGCGCGUGCUGACAGCACAAGCAGACAAGCUUUUCGAUAAGGGGAAGUUUGAUCGUGCUGCUGUUAUGUACGCGAAGACAACGCGUUCGUUUGAAGAGGUGGCGCUGAAGUUUCUCGAAAUCGAGAGUCGUGACUCGUUGCUGUUAUUCCUGCUGCAGAAGCUGAAAAGCUUGGGAAGUGACGAGAAGACACAGCAGACUGUCUUAUGCUCAUGGAUCGUUGAACUGUUUCUAGAUAAGUUCAAUGUGCUGAAGGGGAGUGUGCAAGAUGUUGAUGCGCAUGCAAACUUGCUGUUCGAGUUCAAGCAAUUCCUGCAAGAUCAGAAGAGUCAUCUCGAUCCGGCCACGACUUUCAAUUUAAUCCUUAGCCACGGCCGACCGGAUGAGCUUGUGUUCUACGCAACUCUUAUCGAAGAUUACGGAAAAGUGAUUACGUAUCAUGUGGACCGCGGCGAGUACGGAGCUGCAAUCGAGUUGCUUCGUAGCGUAGAAACGUCGAACGUGGAAGAGCUGUGGUACAAGUAUUCACCCGAGCUUAUCAUUCAUAAGCCGAAGGAGGUAUACGAGGCAUGGCUGGAGGCCGCUACACUGAACCCGACGCGUCUCAUUCCGUCAAUUGUGCGUCAUGUGCACCAGAAGAGCGAUGCGGGCGCGGAAUCGGCCAGCACUACAACAAAAAGUCGCUCCGUUUUGGAUAUGGCCAUUCGGUUUCUGAAGUUUGCCAUCAAGCAGGGCAACCGCGAUCCGACGAUCCACAACUACCUGUUAUUUCUGCUGGCCAAGCACCCUGACGAGCGCUUGCUCAUUAGCUUCUUGCGCAAAAGGCACAAUGGCAAGCAUCUGUUUGACAUUACCUUUGCUCUGCGCCUUUGCACACAGAACGAGAAGAACCGUGCUUGCAUUUACAUCUACUCUGCGAUGGGGCUAUACCAGGACGCCGUGGAAAAGGCACUGCAAGUCGAUGUGAAAAUUGCCAAGGAAAUGGCUGGCAUGCACGAGGAUGAUGAGACUCGCAAGAAACUGUGGACGCUGAUUGCCAAACAUACGAUCGACGCUGGAGGUGAGAUCAAGGACGCCAUGAACAUUUUGAAGGAGAGUGAUUUGUUGAAGAUUGAGGACAUCCUGCCUUUCUUCCCUGACUUCGUCCUGAUCAACGAUUUCAAGAAGGAGAUUUGCGAGUCGCUCGAAGUGUACAAUGACCGCAUUGAACAGCUGAAGGAAGAGAUGCAAGACUACACCCAGUCGGCCGAAUUGAUUCGUGCUGACAUGCAGCAACUGCGCAAACGUUGUGCUGUCGUGUCCGGCAACCAACGCUGUGAGCUCACCGGUCAGAACAUCCUAGGCAAGGAAUUCUACCUUUUCCCGUGCUCCCACGCUUUUCACGCUGGCGCACUCCGUCAAGAGAUGCAAAAGCAUCUGAAUAGUUUUCAGCGACAAACGGUAAAGCAGCUUGUUCAGAAACUCAAUGAGCUUUCCACUGAAAUGCCGGCGAGCACGAACUUUUUCCAGCGACCGCUGUCAGCCUUCCCUUUUCUCAACUUGUCGUCGACCGAGAAGGAAGCGAUGACGCCCGGUUCCGAGGGAAGCAGCGCCGCGACAACCGCAAAGGCAAAAAGUGGUGCGAAAGAGCAGUCCAUUGCGCAGGAGCGUGAGAUGGUGCAGCAAAAGCUGGACGAGACCAUCGCGUCCGAGUGCAUGUUCUGCGGUGAGGUAAUGAUCAAGUCGAUUCACACGCCUUUCAUCACACCGGAAGACGAGGCGAACGAAGGCAGCGAGUGGGCCAUUUGA